UCCAGGGGCAGGAGCGGCGGAUGGAGACGCGCCUUCCCUCCAGAUCAUUUCCAACUCGGGACCCGAAGCGACAACAUCUCAUGCGCGGAGUUUCACUCGCGUCCGUCUCUUUCUGUCCGUGUGCGGCUCCACUCGAGGAUGAACUGAAGCGCUUUUUCUGUUUUUCACCUGUCGAAGCGGGAGACGUAACAUCGGAUCUAUGAGAAGAGCCGCGUGGAUUUGUACUCUCGUGUUAAACCAGAAGGAAUGCAUAUGUUGUUUGUGAAACUAACUUUCUUGUUGUCGCUGAUCGGACUAACACGAGGUCUCGGAUGCUCCGCGGAGUCAUGUAGAUGUGAAACCGCUCCAGAUGGCAAAGGAGAGUGCAAGUGCCCGGAUGGAAGCAGGUGCCAGGUCCGGGACCCGUGCACCAGUUCGCCGUGUCUCAACGGAGGCACCUGCGAACCCGACAGCGUCGAGGUGUUCAAGUGCCGCUGUCCACCUGGAUGGAUAGAUAAACGGUGCCAUGUCGCCGACCCCUGCACCUCGAACCCUUGCGCCAACGGCGGCCAGUGCUCUCACAUCGGGACCAGCUACAUCUGCGCCUGCACGGCCUUCUUCAAAGGCGAGAACUGCAAGCAGGACGUCAACGAGUGCGACGCCAAGCCGCCGCCGUGCAGGAACGGCGGCGUGUGCGUCAACGAGGUCGGCGGCUUCCGGUGCCAGUGCCCGGCCGAGUUCACGGGGGCGAACUGCGAGAACCGCUACCUGCCCUGCAGCCCGUCACCCUGCCUCAACGGAGGCACCUGCAUCCAGAGAGGAGAGACCAGCUACGAGUGCUCCUGUGUUCCAGGUUUUACAGGCAAAAACUGCAACCACAACAUCGACGACUGCCCCGGCCACGAGUGCCAGAACGGGGGGACGUGCGUGGACGGAGUCAACACCUACAACUGCCAGUGCAAACCCGAAUUCACAGGUCAGCUCUGCACGGAGGACGUGGACGAGUGCCAGCUGAUGCCCAACGCGUGCCAGAACGGCGGCACGUGCCACAACACGUACGGCAGCUACCAGUGCGUGUGCGUGAACGGUUGGGCCGGAGACGACUGCAGCGAGAACAUCGACGACUGCGCCAGCGCCGCCUGCAGCCCCGGCUCCACCUGCUACGACCGCGUGGCUUCGUUCUACUGCGAAUGCCCCCACGGACGCACAGGUCUGCUGUGUCAGCUGGACGACGCCUGCAUCAGUAACCCGUGUCAAAAGGGCUCCAACUGCGACACCAACCCCAUCACCGGAAACCACGUGUGCACCUGCCCCAUGGGAUACUUCGGGCCUUCCUGCGACCAGGAUGUGGACGAGUGCUCGCUGGGUUCCAACCCGUGCGAGCACGCGGGCGAGUGCAUCAACACCAAGGGUUCGUUCCACUGCCGGUGCCAGCGGGGUUACGUGGGGCCGCGCUGCGAGCUGGACGUCAACGAGUGCAUGUCCAACCCGUGUCUCAACGAGGCCACCUGCCUGGACCAGAUAGGAAACUUCCGCUGCAUCUGCAUGCCAGGCUAUGUGGGGGAUUUCUGCGAGAUCGAUACGGACGAGUGCGCCAACAGCCCCUGUCUGAACAACGGCAAGUGUAUCGACAAGAUCAACGCCUUCCUCUGCCAGUGCCCCACAGGCUUCACUGGGCGGCUGUGCCACAUCGACAUCGACGAGUGUGCGAGCACGCCGUGCAAAAAUGGCGCCAAGUGCACAGACGGGCCCAACAAGUACACCUGCGAGUGCACUGAAGGUUACUCCGGACAGCACUGCGAGACGGACGUCAACGAGUGCUACUCCAACCCCUGCCACUACGGCACCUGCAUCGACGGCCUGGCCUCCUUCAGCUGCCACUGUCGCCCCGGCUUCACCGGCCGCCUGUGUGAGACCAACAUCAACGAGUGCCUGAGCCAGCCGUGCAGGAACGGGGGCACCUGCCAGGACCGAGAGAACGCCUACGUCUGCAACUGCCCCAAGGGAACCACAGGAAGCAACUGUGAGAUCAACAUCGACGACUGCAAGAGCAACCUCUGUGACCACGGGACCUGCAUCGACAAGAUCAACGGCUACGAGUGCGCCUGCGAACCGGGCUUCACCGGUCCCAUGUGCAACGUCAACAUCGACGAGUGCGCCGUCAACCCCUGCCACAACGGCGGCACCUGCGUCGACGGCGUCAACGGCUUCACCUGCGCGUGUCCGGACGGUUACCAUGACGCCACCUGCUUCUCCCAGGUCAACGAGUGCCUCAGCAACCCCUGCGUCCACGGCCACUGUGAAGACAAGAUCAACGGCUAUAAAUGUCUGUGCGACUCCGGCUGGAGCGGUAAAAACUGCGACAUCAACAACAACGAAUGCGAAUCCAACCCGUGCAUGAACUCGGGCACCUGCAAGGACAUGACCAGCGGAUACGUUUGCAGCUGCCGCGUUGGCUUCACCGGACCGAACUGCCAGACCAACAUCAACGAAUGCGCCUCCAACCCCUGCCUCAACCAGGGGAGCUGCAUCGACGGCGUCGCCGGCUACAAGUGCAUCUGCGCGCUGCCGUACACGGGAGAAAACUGUGAAACCGUGAUGGCUCCGUGCAGCUCGAAGCCCUGCAAGCACGCAGGAGUUUGUCAGGAGUCGGAGGACUACCUCAGCUUCUCUUGUGUGUGUCCUGAGGGGUGGCAAGGUCAAACCUGUGAGGUUGACAUCAAGGAGUGUGUGAAGAAUCCCUGUCGUAACGGAGCCACCUGCCAGAACACUCUGGGCAGUUACCGCUGCGGCUGCAAACCGGGCUUCACCGGACGCAACUGCGAAACCAACGUGGACGACUGCAAACCCAAUCCCUGCAGCAACGGAGGCCUCUGCAAGGACGAGGUGAACGGCUUCCUGUGCACCUGCCUGCCCGGCUUUCGCGGGACCAAGUGCGAGGAGGACAUCAACGAGUGCGAGAGCAACCCGUGCAAAAACGGAGCCAACUGCACCGACUGCGUCAACAGCUACACUUGCACCUGCCCCCCGGGCUUCAGCGGAAUCCACUGCGAAAACAACACGCCCGACUGCACCGAGAGUUCCUGCUUCAAUGGUGGCAGCUGCGUGGAUGGCAUCAACACCUUCACGUGUCUGUGCCCGCCGGGCUUCACGGGGAGCUACUGCCAGCACGACAUCAACGAGUGCGACUCCAAGCCCUGUCUGAACGGAGGCACCUGCCAGGACAGCUACGGCACCUACAAGUGCACCUGCACGCACGGAUACACCGGCCUCAACUGUCAGAACCUGGUCCGCUGGUGCGACUCGUCUCCUUGUAAAAACGGGGGGUCCUGCUGGCAGAGGGGCACCACUUACAGCUGCGAGUGCCAGACCGGCUGGACCGGCCUUUACUGCGACGUCCCGAGCGUUUCCUGUGAGGUGGCGGCCAAGCAGAGAGGAGUGGAUGUGGCCCACCUGUGUCGGAACUCGGGCCAGUGUCUGGACGCGGGGAACGUCCACUACUGCCACUGUCAGAUCGGAUACACCGGGAGCUACUGCGAGGAGCAGGUGGACGAAUGCACCCCGAACCCCUGCCAGAACGGAGCCACCUGCACCGACUUCCUGGGAGGAUACACCUGCAAGUGCAUGCCGGGCUACUUGGGGACGAACUGCUCCGUGGAGAUCAAUGAGUGCCUCUCCCAGCCGUGCCAGAACGGGGGCACCUGCAUUGACCUGAUCAAUACCUACAAAUGCUCCUGUCCCCGGGGAACCCAAGGAGUUCACUGUGAGAUCAACAUCGACGACUGCAACCCGUUCACCGACCCCGUCACCAAAGAGCCCAAGUGCUUCAACAGGGGCAAGUGCGUGGACAGGGUCGGGGGCUACCACUGCGACUGUCCCGCCGGGUACGUGGGCGAGCGCUGCGAGGGGGACGUCAACGAGUGUCUGUCCAACCCCUGCGACCCGUGGGGGACGCAGAGCUGCGUCCAGCUCACCAACAACUACCGCUGCGAGUGUCGCACCGGCUACACAGGUCAGCGCUGCGACACGGUGUUUGACGGGUGUAAGGGGAGACCUUGUCGUAAUGGAGGGACCUGUGCCGUCGCCAGUAACACUCCACACGGCUUCAUCUGCAAAUGUCCUCCUGGCUUCACCGGCUCCACGUGUGAGUACGACUCUCAGGCCUGCGGCAGCUUCCACUGUCGCAACGGAGGCACCUGCAUCUCCGGCCAGAAGAGCCCAAAGUGCCUGUGCACGCCGUCGUUCACGGGGCCCGAGUGCCAGUAUCCCACCGACAGCCCCUGCAACUCAAACCCCUGCUACAACGGCGGCACGUGCGAGGACACGUCGGAGGCGCCUCACUACAAGUGCACCUGCCCGGCCAACUUCAACGGCCUCCGCUGCCACCUCCUGGACCCCAACUCCACGGGGGGGCCCGGCCGCGACAUCACGCCGCCGCCCGAGGUGGACGUGGCCUGCGAGAUCCCGCAGUGCGAGGAGCGCAAGCACAACAAGUUCUGCGACGCGAUGUGCAACAACCACGCCUGUGGCUGGGACAACGGCGACUGUUCGCUCAACUUCAAAGACCCGUGGAAGAACUGCUCGGCCUCGCUGCAGUGCUGGAAGUACUUCAACGACGGGAAGUGCGACUCGCAGUGCAACAACGCCGGGUGUCUCUAUGAUGGGUUCGAUUGCCAGAACCUGGAAAGACAGUGCAACCCUCUCUACGACCAGUACUGCAAAGACCACUAUGCAGACAACCACUGCGACCAAGGCUGCAACAACGCAGAGUGCGAGUGGGACGGCUUGGACUGCGCCAACAACAUGCCCGAGAAGUUCGCCGUGGGCCAGCUGGUCCUGGUGGUCCACAUCACGCCCGAGCAGCUCCUCAACAACUCCUUCGGUUUCCUGCGAGAGCUGAGCCGCGUCCUCCGGACCAACGUGAUCUUCAGGAAGGACGUGAAGGGCGAGAUGAUGGUCUACCCGUACUACGGGAACGAGCACGAGCUGAAGAAGUACAACGUCAAGCGGUCGGUGGACUCGUGGUCCGAGGCGCCCGGGAAGAUGCUGAAGGCGGUGAAGAGGAGCCUGUUCGAUGGGAACCGGAGAGAGAGGAGAGAGCUGGAUCAUGUGCAGAUUAAAGGCUCAGUUGUCCACUUGGAGGUAGACAACCGUCAGUGCUUCCAACAGUCCAGUGAGUGUUUCCAGAGCACGAAUGAUGCUGCAGCUUUCCUCGGGGCUCUGGAGUCCAGCGGCAAACUGGACGUUCCUUUCACCAUCGAAGCCGUUUUUAGCGGCGUGGACCCCAAGCCUUCGCAGGAGCUCUACCCGAUCUACCUGGUGCUGGCCGGUUUGGGGAUACUGGCCUUCCUCGGCGUCGGGAUGGUGGCCGCCCGCAAGAGACGCCACGAGCACGGACGCCUCUGGCUCCCCGAGGGCUUCAAGACCACGGAGACCAGCAAGAAGAAGAGACGCGAGCCGGUCGGGGAGGACUCGGUGGGAUUAAAGCCCCUGAAAAACACCUCGGACAUUUCACUCAUGGACGACGCCCAGAACGAAUGGGGGGAGGACGAAGCUUCGGACAUGAAGCGCUUCAGGCAGUUUGACGAGCCGGCCAUGUCGGAGGUGGACGACCAGACCGACCACCGGCAGUGGACGCAGCAGCACCUGGACGCCGCCGACCUGCGCAUCCCCUCCAUCGCCCCGACGCCCCCUCAGGGCGAGAUCGAGAACGACUGCAUGGACGUCAACGUCCGGGGACCAGAUGGAUUCACGCCCCUGAUGAUCGCGUCCUGCAGCGGAGGAGGUCUGGAAACGGGCAACAGCGAGGAGGAGGAGGACGCGUCCGCCAACGUGAUCAACGACUUCAUCUACCAAGGAGCCAACCUCCACAACCAGACCGACCGCACCGGGGAGACGGCGCUGCACCUGGCCGCGCGCUACGCCCGCUCCGACGCCGCCAAGCGCCUCCUGGAGGCCAGCGCCGACGCCAACAUCCAGGACAACAUGGGGAGGACGCCUCUGCACGCCGCCGUGGCUGCUGACGCCCAGGGCGUCUUCCAGAUCCUGAUAAGGAACCGAGCCACGGAUUUGGAUGCUCGCAUGCACGAUGGCACCACGCCCCUGAUCUUGGCCGCCCGGCUGGCCGUGGAGGGGAUGGUGGAGGAGCUCAUCAACUGCCACGCUGACGUCAACGCUAUUGAUGAUUUCGGUAAAUCGGCCCUGCACUGGGCUGCAGCCGUCAACAACGUGGAGGCUGCUAUCGUGCUGCUGAAGAACGGCGCCAACAAGGACAUGCAAAACAACAAGGAGGAAACCCCUCUGUUCCUGGCUGCCAGGGAAGGAAGCUACGAGACGGCCAAGGUUUUACUGGAGCACUUCGCCAACCGAGAAAUAACCGACCACAUGGACCGGCUUCCCAGAGACAUCGCGCAGGAGAGGAUGCAUCACGACAUCGUGCGCCUGAUGGACGAGUACAACCUGGUACGAAGUCCCCCCAUGCACGGAGGGUCUCUGGGCACCACGCUGUCCCCCCCUCUCUGCUCACCCAACGGCUUCCUGGGCGGCAUGAAGCAGCCGCAGCAAGGACAGGGCCAGGGCAAGAAGGCGCGCAAGCCCAGCACCAAGGGCAUCGGGUGCAAGGAGGGCAAAGACAUGAAGGUGAAGAAGAAGAACUCCCAGGACGGGAAGUCUGGGAACCUCAUGGACAGCUCCGGCGUCCUGUCGCCGGUCGACUCGUUGGAGUCUCCGCACGGCUACGUCUCCGACGUGGCCUCGCCGCCCAUGAUGACGUCUCCUUUCCAGCAGUCGCCGUCGGUGUCCCUGAACCACCUGCAGGGCAUGUCGGACCCGCACCUGGCGGUAAACCACAUGGUGAUGCCGACCAAGAAGGAGCUGGCUCGCAUGCAGUUCGACCCGCUGCCCCCCCGCCUCACCCACUUACCCGUGUCCGGCUCCGGCGGCCAGGGCGGCAUGAACGGCCAGUGCGACUGGCUGUCCAGGAUGCACGGCAGCAUGAGCCAGCCGGCCCAGUUCAACCCCAUGAGGGGCGCCCCCGGCGGCCAGGGCGGGCUGCAGCACGGGAUGAUGAGCGCCGCGCUCCACAACGGCCACCCAGCCGGCGGCCUCUCCCAGAUGAUGACGUACCAGGGCAUCCAGAGCACCAGACUCAUGCAGCAGCAGGCCCAGCAGAUGCAGCAGAUGCAGAACCUCCAGCAGCUGCAGCAGCAGCAGCAGCAGCUGCAGCAGCACCAGAACUCAAACACGACCAACAGCCAGAACUUCAUGAGCGGGGAGCUGGGUUCCCCGGAGCUGCAGCAGGGCACGGGCGGCUCCAGCAUACCCAUCCACACCAUUCUGCCGCAGGAGACGCAGAUCAUGCCCUCCUCCAUCAGCCAGUCCAUGCCCAGCACCCAGUUCCUCACCCCGCCCUCCCAGCACAGCUACAGCGGCCCCAUGGACAACACCCCGAACCACCAGGUCCAGGUGCCCGACCACCCCUUUCUGACCCCCUCCCCGGGCUCCCCCGACCAGUGGUCCAGUUCGUCUCCGCAUUCCAACAUGUCCGACUGGUCGGAGGGCAUCUCGAGUCCGCCGACGAGCAUGCAGUCGCAGAUCGGACAUAUACCGGAACAGUUCAAAUAGAUAGAGAGUUAGCCUAGUGUCUUCACACCCAGAUGAGCUGCUGUAUAUUUUUUUAUAAUAAAAGAAAUAAAAAAUCACCCUCGGAGAAAAAAAAAAAAAUAAAUAAAAGAGAGAGAAAAGGGGCAAAGCUGUAAACCAGAUUUAAUAUGACUUUUAUAAACUUUUAUACUAACAGCAACACCUUGUGUUUCACCCCUUCUUUUUAUUUAUUAAUGUCUUAUUUAUGUGCGUUGCCUGCCUACUAAAACAUGUGGGGAUCCGUGGUGUUAGGACAGAAUAAGUCAUUUAGAGAAUCUCUUUUCUUUUAGUUCUCCUUUUUCAGCGACGAAGUAGCAGCAUAAACAUUGGGUAUUUAUUUCCUUCAGGACGUUUAGUCUUUGCCUUUUUAUAUAUAUAUAUAUAUAUAAAUAUAUAUAUGAUUUCUUUGUUUAUAUAAAUAUUUUUUGUAUAAUCUUGUUUAUAAUGAAAAUCACGAUUAAGGGGCAUUUUAUAGAGCACAGGUUCAGUCUCAGUGUUAUUUCCGUGCGUCGUAGUUGUUGGAAAUAUCAGAAAAACAUGACAUGUUUCCUGCACGUGUGAAAUAGGAGCCACAGUUUCCCCCCUUUUUUUUUUUCUAAAAAACAAUAUAUAUAAUGCGAAUCUUAGCUACGCUCUGUGGAGUUGUGUAAAUUUCUUGAACUGGUGGAAGCCGGUUAUGUUGUGCCUCUGCAUGUGAUCGGUGUCGGAGGCGUGAUGUGUUGUACAGUUUGCCGCCAUCUUGGAGAUCGGCAGUUAAGGCAGGUCUUGAGUUUCUUUAAGUCCUGCGUCGUUGGAGAACCGGCCCAUCGGCCACGGUGCAUGUUCCUGUCUAGAGGCGGAAAAGAAUCUUAAUUUCCUGCCUCUACCUUUUAAUUAGUUUGAGCCUAUGGCUGUGUCCUUUUCCUUCUUGUAAAUACGUUCUGCGUUUCCCUCGUAAGCAAGAUUUUGUUUAAGAAAUCUUCAGCAUGACAUUUUGAUUUGGUUCCAGCCAACAGCCUCUGAAAUGACAACAGAAUAUAUAUAUUUUCUAUCUUCUCGUCCUUCAUGCAUAAAUAAAUUUGAGCUAUAUAAAAAAUGAACACAAUAUAUUGCAAGAUGACAUUUUUUGUUAAAAUGACCUAAAUAUGGAGCUUUUUAUAAAUUCCUAUUUAUUUGUUCUGUAAAAUCCACCGAGGCGACAAUUUGUUUCUGUUACACUUUGGUUUAAUGAAGCGUUGGCUGAGACACGCGCCCUGUUUGAGAAAAAUGUUAAAAAAAAAAGAAGUAAACUAUUGUUUUUAAAGUUGUAGUUAAAAGUUUCCUUCCUCUUAUGAAGUCACAAUUUGCAAGAAAUGUAUUCUUUCUUUUCAUUUUCAACCUGUAAAAAUGUUCCUUGUUAUAAUAAAGGGCACCUGUGUGUCUUGAACUUAA